GUGCACUAUGUCCCUUGGACACAGCGGAUCACCGAUCACGGAAAGAGCAGAAGAUGUCGGCUCAGUCAUGUGGUCAGCUGUGUCCAAUCACAGCUGAUCACUGAUCAUCAGGGCACUGAUGAUCGGUGUGCCCUGAUGAUCAGUGUAGCCCCAGCAGUGCCACCUGUCAGUGUCCAUCAGAGCCUUGUGUCAGUGCUCAUCAGUGCCUCGUGCCAGUGCCCAUCAGUGCCACAUCAAUGCCACAUAUCAGUGCCACCAGUGCACAGCAAUGCCACAUAUCAGUGAACAUCUGAGCUGCCUUUCAGUGUCACCUAUCAGUGCCAGUCAGUGCCACCUAUCAAUGCCAAUCAGUGCCACCUAUCAGUGC